AUGACUUUUGGAGCUUCCACCGAACUUUCACACUAUCUUGCAGUACCAUCCGUUAGACCUAAUUCUCGCUACUCUCAAUGCACCGCCGGAAUCGCUUCACCUACAUGCUUGAUGUUGAACCGAAAUCGCGAGAAGGCUUCAAAUGGGGUCGGUGAAAAAAAGGAAGAAGCUGCGGCGCGAGAGGUAGAAGGAGAAGAACGCCGGAUUGGAAGCUGUGGUAGCCGCCGUCGCGAUUUUGAGAAGACAAAGAUUAAGUAUUUGGUUGAAAAAAACGAAAGAAAUGGAAACAUUAUUACCACCGUCUUCCACCUGCUAGCACAAAAACGCUACCAUACACAUCUCCUCAAAACUCCCAUCUCUCCGCCGCUUCAACCGCCGCCAUCUCUUUCUCUCGCUUCCCUCCGCCCUAACCGAUCUUCAGCAAUGACUUUUGGAGCUUCCACCGAACUUUCACACUAUCUUGCAGUACCAUCCGUUAGACCUAAUUCUCGCUACUCUCAAUGCACCGCCGGAAUCGCUUCACCUACAUGCUUGAUGUUGAACCGAAAUCGCGAGAAGGCUUCAAAUGGGGUCGGUGAAAAAAAGGAAGAAGCUGCGGCGCGAGAGGUAGAAGGAGAAGAACGCCGGAUUGGAAGCUGUGGUAGCCGCCGUCGCGAUUUUGAGAAGACAAAGGGCCAUCUGAGGCCCAUUGAAUUUUUAAUUCUGAAUUGUUUACAAUAA